CCGGAGUCCGGUGUCAAUCAUAUCCAAUCGUCCAGCAAGUCCAUCCAGUCGUGUGCUCAAAACAGUAGCAGCGUCGUUUAUACAGUCUGUACAAGCCGACUAGACAAAAAACCAAUCAAACAGCAAUGGCGUUCAUCAAGGUAAGUGUUUUAUACAAUUAUUAUUCGCAUUCGAAACGUUCGUUAAUUCGUCCGUUCUGGUUUUGUCCGUCCGUCAGUCCUCAAUGGUAUUAGCCGUCGUCAUCGUCGCCGUCGGCCACUGCGACGCCGGUGCGGUGUCAGCCAUCGCCCCGGCCCCGUACGCCGCAUAUCCGUACCCGGCGUUGCCGUACUCGGGCGCCUUCGCCGCCCCGUACCCGUUCAGGGCUCCGCUGUUGCCCGCCGCCUCCAGAGCCUUCGCCGCCCCGCUGACCGCUUACCCAGCAGGAGCCGCCCGAUUCGCAGCGCCGAUCCCAGCCGCCGCAGCACCGUUCCCGGCAGCAGUCGCCGCCCCAGCCGCCGCUCCACUGGUACGCGCCGCCCCGCUGGCCGCCGCACCCGUGCCUCUGGCGCCCGUCGCCGCCAAACUGGACUACACCGACGCUUACCCGCAAUACCAAUACGCUUACACCGUCCGGGACUCGUUGACCGGUGACGCCAAGGACCAGGAGGAAAUCCGCGACGGUGAUGUCGUCAAGGGCCGUUACAGUCUCAUCGAACCCGACGGCAGCCGCAGAACCGUCAACUAUUACGCCGACGACGUCAACGGUUUCAACGCCGUCGUGCAAAAGGACGUGCCGGUCGUCGCGCCCGCCGCCGCCGUAGUAGUAUAAUGCGAUGUACAAUAGUUAUUUGUACACGCGCAAUUGUACUGCAACGAUAUUUUGUCGCCACCGCCGGACGCAAUCCAUAAUAUACGUGUAUUUUUUUUUUUUUUAUUAUUAUUAUAAUUUGUGAUUUCUUUUUGUACAUAACGUGUUUCCCUCUGUUAUAUUGUAUUUUCUUCCAAGACAAUAAAUAAAGUUAUGCUUACGCUCUUAUA